AUGGCAUCUAAGAGGAAAAGAGUUCCUAUAUCGUGUCUAAAUUGCAAGAAGAGGAAGGUAAAGUGUGAUAAACAAAAACCGGCUUGUGGAGGAUGUGUUAAAAAUGGAGUUCCUAAUCUAUGUGAGUAUAUCGAGCCUCAAUGGGCUAGCAGUGCACCUCGACCGGCAGUGUGCUCCUUGGAUCAGAAAAAUUUGGCAUUACAACAAGAGAAAGUAGUAAUGUCACAGCGUUUAGAGAUUGAAGAUUUAAAGAGAAAACUUUCUGUGCUCGAACAGCUUAGUGCUAAGCAUUCCAAUGAGAUAACCGUGUUAAAAAAAUUGAACGUGAAUAGUGAAGAUGAUAAGGCACUUGAAGUUGAUAAAGAUUACACUACAAGCUUGCAAGACAUAGGAAGCAAAGAUAUAUACACCUGGAGGUGUCUUGUAAAGCUAGACCCACACCUCACUGCAUUGUGGUACAAGAUAACGAGAUUGCAGAAAGCUUAUCAUCUGUAUAAGAUGGAUUCAUUGAGGAAAUUACAGAAACGUCGAAUCACAGAGAUAGACUUCACUUAUUCAGUGAAUCUGUCUGACGGAGACACCGAAAUACCCAAUAAUAUGACCAAUAGGAAAUUCCAAUGUCCUGUCAUAGAGUGCAAUCUCUUCGAAACCCCCACCCUGCAAGCUCCAAAUAAAAUUUCGCCCAAAAGUGAAGGUGAUCCUAAAUUAUUAUGGGAAUCCACUUUAAAAUUAGUAAGGGGAAAGGACAAGUUAAAUAACGACGAGCUCAGAUUUUUGAUAGAAGUUUUUUUUGAACACCUGCCAAACAGAAGGUUGCUAAGCCUUUUUAAGGAAAAGAUUUUUCGAUGUUUAGCAAACCAAAAAGAUCGUUUGAUUUUGUGUGUAAGUGCCUUAAUAGUGGAGGAAACGCUCCAGUAUCUACGAACAGUAUCUAAUGGAGCACCUGGUAAAGAAACAUGCUUAAGAUUCAAGAAUUUGUUUCCAUCUGAAGUAGCUCAUCUUGGCAGCGACAUUAGUUCUCAGAAUGACAUCUUAGGUCUUGUUCUAGACGUGUUAACAGCAUCAGAGGAAAAGAACCUGUCUGUUCUAAAGCUAACAUGUCACGUAUAUCUUAUAAAAAGAUUCUUUUCAAAUCACCGUCUUGACGAUAGAAUGAGUACAAUUAUUGAAAUGAUCAUGAAAUCGCUUAUUCGACAAGAUCAGUAUUUCGAAAUUUGGAAGGACCCACAACAAAUUAUGUUCAAUAAGUAUGCAUAUGGCAAUGAUGAUAAGGAACUUCAAUUGCAUAUGUGUAAUUUAUGGGGACACAUUGUGAAAAUUGUUAAUGAGAUUGGAAUAAAAUUAGCUCCUUGUGCAUACGAUGAGGGAAAUGUAAGGUUUCGAGAGCUCGAUAGAGUAAUCAAACACUCAGAAUUAGAAGGAAGGCAUUUGAAAUACUUGGUUAAAGUUCUGUCAAAUGACAAAGAUUUAGUUGAAAUGUUUCAUGUACAAUUCUUAAUUGCCAAGGUUAGACGAACCCUAAAAAAAGGAGUUGGACUCGGUAUUUUAGCACAACUGAAUCUAGUAAAAUUAUCCAGUCAAUGUGAUAACUAUUUAACAAAUAAGCAGCUCACUACUAGCAUGGAAUCACAUUUAAUUCUCGGGUACCUAAAACUUCAUAUGCAAUACAUUAUUUUAUUACAGAAAGAGGAUGAUGGCGAUGCUCGAAGUUUCGUCACAUCUGUCAUACUAGACUGUUGCAAGUUUUUGGAUUCAUUUUCGGUAUUAGAUUCAAAUACACAGAACAUAUCACAUAUCUGCUAUAUGUGCGAGGAAAUAUUAACCAGAGUGAUCCAAUUUGUUAUGGGACUUCUAGCAAGGAUUGACGAAAGGGCAGAUCUUGUUCGGGUUUGUGAGAUGUUACACUUGUACGGUUCUGAAAAAUCAAAGGAGGAUUCUGUAAAAACAUGUAUCAUAGAUAAGGUUCAAAAAGUAAUAUCCAUUUUAUCAAGUUGGUGUAUCGAAAAGGCUCAAAUAGAGAAGUUAACAAAGUUUUGGAAUUUUUACUUGACUUUUAUUAAGAAUUGGAAUAAACUUAACUCUAUAAAUUAUGCUAAGAUACAUGCCAAUGUACCAGAAUUUAGUACUUCUGAAAAGUGCCCAGUCUCUAAAGGCAUCAAAUACAAUAGCUAUGAAAAUGUUCCUAGAGGAAAUUUACCACAAAGAGUAUGCCCUAUCUCUCAUAUUGCGACUCCAAUUGACAACUUUGAAACGAUGAAAAAAAAUACAGGACCUAAGAAUAACAAGCGCAAGUGUCCGUUUGACCAUGAACCGCGACCAAAAACGCCCAUUAACAUUCCUGCCCUUGAGAGCAACAUGCGGUCUGAGGUUAAAGCUCUACCAAUUCCACAGACUAUCCAAACACAAAACAAAGCUCCAGAUCUUUCCUUGACCUCAACCUUCGAUGAGUCUUCUGAAUUUGAGAUAAAUUGGCAGGAAUUUGGAGAAAUAGACUUUGACCUCCUAUUGAAUCAAAGCUUGUUUACCGAAGAAGAAAUGCCUAGGAAUAUGUCUCUUGAUGGUCUCUUUUCUUAA